ACUAGGUAAAGAAAAAAGAAAAGAACCAAAACAAAAAAAAGAAAUAUCUCUGGCUUUGGCUGGUCUUUUCUUGGAAACUUUAUAGGGACAAAGAAAACACAGAGAGAAACCACAACAACAACUACAACGUUGUAAUUGUGUCUCUCUAAGCUGUCUCUCUAAGCGUGUCAAUCAAAUCUUUUCUUCCUAUAUUCUCUCUUUCUCUUUCUUUGCUGGUUUCACCUUCAUAAUUUCAGGCCCUCUCUAUUGAAUCCAAUCUAUUUCUCUUUCUCUGCCAAUAACCAGAAGCAAUAGAAGAUUCCAUUCCAAUCUUUUUAAAACUACUCAUAUCUUCUUUUUCUUUUUCUUGAACAAAUAUAAAUCAAAAUCCCAUAUUUUUCUGGGAAAGAGGGUCGAAUUCUGCUACCUUUCUCCCUGUCUUGCUGUUUCAAGGUGAAUGAUUUUGUGGGGGUCUCUCAAAAUGAGAUUUUUUUUUUUUUGAGAAUAUAAUAGGAAAAAAAGCUGCUUUUAUUGGCCAAGGAGUCUGGUUUUAUAUUAUAUAUAUAUAUAUUGUCUCUUCUGCACACACUCACAGUCCUCUGCUCGGUUGCUGAGGAAAGGUGGAGAAAGGAAAAGGAAAAUCUUUUAGCACUGAUUUUAUCCAAGCCAGACUGUUAAACUCUUUGACUUAGCUAACUUUGGACUAAGUCUGGUUUUGAUUGAAGUGAAGUAACUUUGGAAUGGAUGGUGAUAUAUUUUCAGGAUUCAGUAAUGGAACUCAAGUAGAUGGCAAGGUUUUGCAGACAUUUCAAAAGAGUUUUGUGCAAGUUCAAGACAUCCUAGAUCAAAAUAGGUUGUUAAUCAACGAGAUUAGCCAAAACCAUGAGUCAAAGAUCCCUGACAACUUGAGCAGGAACGUGGGAUUAAUUAAAGAGUUGAAUAACAAUAUUAGAAGAGUAGUUGAUCUCUAUGCUGAUCUCUCAAGCUCUUUCACCAGGUCAAUGGAGGCUUCAUCAGAAGGUGAUUCAGCUGGGACAUUCAAAUCUGAUGGAAAGGCUAGUCAGAAGAGAAUUAGACCUGGGCAAUCAAUGCAGGCAAAUGUGAAACCUCUUUUCUGGCUUCUACAGGAAGUUCCCCCAGCUCAAUAGCUCACACAGUAAAAGCAGAUUGCAUUUGCUUUUGUUUAAUAAGGUGAUCAUUAAAGAUUUUAGAUCAGUUAAUAGGUUUUGAUCAAUUAUGCUUUAUGACAGCAAGGACAAAAUCAGACAGCAAUGUCUGAAACAUGUGAUCAGACUAGAUAAU